AGCAGCGUUGGAGCCCGCGAAUUCGCCGAAAUUUUUUCACGCAGAGCGGUUGUGUAGCGGACGCCGUGCUCGUUUCGAUUCGAUACAAAUUCAAAUUAUCCAAGUUCGAGACAAAACUCAGUUUUUGUUUUCCGCGUGCUUGGCGUUUUGUUGAAUAUUCGGGACGAGACGACGACGGGUGGUUAUGUUAUCCAAAGAGUCGGAAUAGUCGGAUAUAGAAAUCGAAUCCAAUCCACGCUCAAAAUCGAAAGUGAAAUUCGUGGAACGGUGAACCAAACACAACGCGACGACGUGCAAGGUGAUUUUUUGAAUGGAGAAGUAAAGCAAAAGAGAAACAAAUCCAAUCACAAAUAAAUCUAAUAAUUAAAGGCAAUUAAUAAUUAGUAUUAUUCCGAUACUAAAGUGUUUAACAGUUUAACAACAACAACCCUAGAGAAUUAAUCAUAAUCAAGAAUCCAGGUGAUUCGGUGUGCAAUAUAAUUUAGAGAGUCGGAAAACAUUCAAUAUUUUUGAAUAAAGAGAUCUUUAUGUUUGUCAGCAGAACAAAUCGAAGAAACUGGAGCUCCUAAACAUCACGGAAUUCUAGACGUCCCCAGAGUUGCGCAAACAUUUCUGUUUUGGAAAAGUUGGCCCCAACAACCAAAACAAAUGCAAAUGUGCGCCCCAGAGACGUGCCACCCCGAAAGUUAUCAAUCGUAAAACGUUGGAGGAGUGGAGAAGAGUGGAGAGUGGCGAGAACUCAACCGGUUAAGCGGACAAAUCUUCUUGGAUAAAUAUCUUCUUCUGGAUAGAAUCGACAAUACACAAAAACCGCCAAAAUGUUGGAUCGAUGCGAAAUGCCGAUCCAGCUGGACAAUGAGAAGCUGCGACGAGAUGUGCGGCUCUCCAGCUCCCGCCUGGACCUGCCUCAGCUCUGCAAUGGGUCGCGGCGCGGCCUGGAUGGCCACAACAACCAUGUGGCAGUGAAUGAGGCCGUCAGCACAACGACGUCCCUCAAUGGCAACAGCAACAGCAGCCACAACAACAACAACAACAACAACAACAAAAACAACAACAUUGGCUCCCCCGUCUCCUCGUCGACCACCAACAGCAGCAGCAACGGUGGCAACGAGCGCGGCUCCUCCACCAAGUCCAACAGCAGCAGCGGCAGCGGCAGCUCCGGCAACUCGGCCAGCAGCACAGGCAGCGGCGAGCUUAAGUGCAACACGCCCAUGACGCCAUCUGAGCUGGUGAAGAAGUUCCGCAACUACCUGACCGAUCUGGAGUUCGAGGAGCUCAAGGUGUACAAGGAGGUCUGGUACUUUGGCCAGCACGCCAGCAAGAACUACAACAAGCCCGCCCCCACAGCCAACACCACGAAUCUGGGCUAUGACGAUGAUAAUGGCAACUACAAGAUCAUCGAACACGAUCACAUAGCCUUCCGUUACGAGAUUCUGGAGGUGAUUGGCAAGGGCAGCUUCGGGCAGGUGAUCAGGGCCCUAGACCACAAGACCAACACACACGUGGCCAUCAAGAUCAUAAGGAACAAGAAGCGCUUCCUCAACCAGGCCGUCGUCGAGCUGAACAUCCUCGACGAGCUGCGCGAAAAGGACGCGGAUGGAUCUCACAAUGUCAUCCACAUGCUGGACUACACAUAUUUCCGCAAACAUUUGUGCAUUACCUUCGAGCUGAUGAGCUUGAACCUGUACGAGCUGAUCAAGAAGAACAACUACAAUGGAUUCAGCAUGAGUCUGAUCCGACGCUUCUGCAACUCGAUUGUAAAGUGCCUGCGACUGCUCUACAAGGAAAACAUCAUUCACUGUGAUCUCAAGCCGGAAAACAUCUUGCUCAAACAGCGCGGCAGCAGCUCCAUCAAAGUGAUCGACUUCGGCAGCUCCUGCUAUGUGGAUCGCAAGAUCUAUACCUACAUCCAGUCGAGGUUCUAUCGCUCCCCGGAGGUGAUUCUGGGCCUGCAAUAUGGCACGGCCAUCGACAUGUGGAGCCUGGGCUGCAUACUGGCCGAGCUGUACACGGGAUUCCCGCUCUUCCCCGGCGAGAACGAGGUGGAGCAGCUGGCCUGCAUCAUGGAGGUGCUGGGGCUGCCGCCGAAGGUGCUCAUUUCGGUGGCCAGGCGUCGGCGUCUGUUCUUCGAUUCGAGGGAUGCGCCGCGCUGCAUCACAAACACCAAGGGGCGGAAGAGGGCCCCGGGUAGCAAGUCACUGGCCCAGAUCUUGCACUGCCAGGAUCGGUACUUCAUUGACUUCCUGCAGCGCUGCCUGGAGUGGGAUCCCGCGGAGCGGAUGACGCCCGACGAGGCGGCCCACCACGAAUUCCUACAGCCCUCCACCUCCAGUCGCCAUCGCAGCUGCCGCAUGUCGAGCAGCUCCUCCAGCUCGGGCCUGAACAGCGUCUCCCAGAAGUCCUCCUGCUACAACUUCGCAGAGAUCUCGCCGGGCAGCGGAGGGCCCGUGGUCGCCUCCAUCACCAGCACCACUGCAGUAAGCAAUGCGGCCAUCACCACCACCAAGUCUAGACAGCCGCAGCAACAGCAGCAGCAGCAGAGUCACAGCCACAGCAACCACAUCAACCACACGAGCCAUAGUCACGCCCAGUCGAAUGGACACCUGCCCGACAUCAAGCUGAGCGCCGGCGAUAAGUACAAUAGCAUGCAGAAGGUGGCGGUGCGCUCCAAGAUCACCUCGAGCGUCUCCGACCUGGAGUCCGUGCAGCAGUACUCGCUGCACCGCAUAUACGGGGGCGUGGGCACCGGAAGCACCCACCACGUCUCCUCGGCGGCCACCAGGAAGCAUCUGAACGGGGUCAGCAACGUGGGCGCGUCUUCCAAAUACGGCAGCUCGACGCUGGCGCACAACCAUCACAAUGUGAACCACCACAACGCGUCGACGGCCACGCUUGCCACGGCCACCCACCAUCACCACCACCACCCAGCAGUCGGCCAGCCGGCGAGCAAUGGUGCGGCCAGUGGCGCCAUGUCGCACUCUCAGUCCACUGGCGAUGUCUCCGACAGAGCCAUCUUUGGGAGGGCUUGACUCCGAGCCCGCCCCACCAAACUGGAGCUCAAAAAGUGCAAGCUGGUCAACAUGAUGGACUUCUGGAGCUAGAAGUGGCGUCCACAGCAGUGCGCUACCGUCAAGGAGCGCGAGGAGGAUCAGUAGCAGUAGCAGGAGCAGGAGUAGGAAAGGGACUCUGAUUCAGCCAGUCCCUGCCUAGUUAUAGUAUCUGUCAUAUAAGCUACAUAGGAAGAUAUAAUUGUGCGUAUUGUAUUUGUCUGUGAGCGCAAUGCUGUUGUACUCCCACUUGCUCCCAAACACCAUCCACCCCCACUCGAAAUAUGUAUGUAGGUCCAUCUAGGAUAGUCAGUCCCCUUGCGGUUCUGGUUCUUGCAGCACUUUGCAGUAUUCUCUAAGUUUCCCCAAACUAUCUUAUUUUGCUACUGCCAUAGCCAAAUGUAUUCCCAAUUGUAUUCUCCAAACCACCCCCCGAAAGUAUUCUCUUCCCUCCAUUUUUGAACAGACCCGUGGCAAGGUGUUGCACGGUGGCGUCUACACGAAAAGUGUACUCUUCAACAUGAACAAAAGAAACCGUCAGAUAAAACGAAAUCAGAAGCCAGCUCAAAGGAACAACAUACUCUAGAUAUAGUGUAUAAGAUAUGGCAUAUACUAAACAUAGAUGUAGACAACAUUUGUAACGCCUCACCCAACGCAUCUCCAACUCCCCAACUCCCCCACCCUCACACACAGAUAUACAUACUCGUAUUUUUAGGGUCACGUGUGUACACGUGCGACUCAAAUCUGUAACAAUUUCAUACAGCUUCCAUGUCUUUUGCAACAGUAUCAAGGCUGUUAUUAGUUACAUAUGCAAAACAGAAAUGAAAUGUAUCUAUAUAUCUUUAACUAUAAUUGUAACUGUUACUGUAACUGUAUUCGUAAGUUAAGAGCACGGGUCGGGGGUGCGUUCAAUGGCCAACCCACACAUCACAGCAAGCUAGCCCCCCAUCAGCGUGAAGUUGCAUGAUCGAUUUGCAUGAGAAUGAAUGAAGUAAUACCCACACAGAACGAGUAUGAGGUCCCACGCCCCUCUGCCCCCAUCCGCACGGUAUACAUGUCAUAAUUUAACGAAAACACAUAUUUAAUAAACAUUAGAUUUACCAUAACUCUAGGCUCUAUAAUCAUUUGUGCAGAUAAGCCAACAAAAACGGCCAAUACCACAAUAAUUAGAAAACUCAAGAUGAGAACAGAACAGAACAGAACAGAACAGAAUAGCCGUACAAUAAUUAUAGAGCGCCGGCCACAUCUAUGUAAACCGUAUUAGUGGAAGCAAAUCAAGCAAAUAAAUACAAUUUUAUUCAAAUUACAGUUUGUUCAUUUUAAAAUAGACAGACACUAAACAAAGAAAACAAAACCACUCGAGCUGGGUAAAAGCGUGUGUUUACCGAGUCUAGACUGUCGUUAGAACGAUGUUUGUAGCAUAACCCGUAAUACCGUAAUACCGUAAGUUUAGAUAACACUGUAAACAAAUUGCAACUUUUGCUCAUGACUUUUGGAUAUAUCGCAUUGCACUAGACUAGACUACAAUAUCUAAUAUUUACAAUAUGAAUAGUAUGUACUCGACUCGUAUAGUAUGUAUACCAUACCCACAGCUGCGAUCCUUGGAGCUUGUUUCGUAUUAUUUAUAAAUUUGUUCUCUGCCACUCGUCGUAACUCGUACAUAUGUAUGUAUGUAUAUCCAAUACUUUCUUCAAUGUAUGUUUUAUUAUGGAUUUUGACAAAA